AUGAACAAAACAAAUAGGGAUUUGGAAGAGGAAAAUUUAUGGGAUGAUCACGAUGUGAACUUACACAAAGGCAAUACGAGCCGCAACACGUAUAGCAACAAUAGUGGCAGUAAUGGGAAGAAAACGAAGAAGAAUGGGAGGUCCAAUUUCAUGGCCAAUGAAUACAAAGACACCUUCCACCUGAAGGACCUUCCCAGGAGUAACAAUAAAGUGAAUAUAUAUUAUGGCAAUGAGGAAGAUAUCAUUGACUGCGCCAUCAACGAAGACGAUGACAUUUUUGGGAGUGGAGGAAACACUUCUCUGAAUAAGAAUUUAACAACGGUUAAUUUGAGUGAAAUGAAAAGGGGAGGAGGCCCCCCCCAAGGUAUAAGCAAUUCAAAUGGAAUCACCAAUUCUGAUGGCAGUGUCAGUGUAGCGGCAUAUUACGGAUAUAACCUGAACAACAACACGGGUAACCCCCCUAACUUUUCGACUGGCCAGGGUGUAACUAAUCAAAUAAUAAUCGACGCGAAUGAUAGCGGAAAUCGAAGAUACCACAGCAAUAAUAAGGACAUGUACCACCAGAGGGCCCCCCUCGAACAAAAAUUCAAUGCCGGAGAUGUGCACGAUAUGAACUUCAGAAACGCCCCGAGCGGGAAAAUGAACAUAUUUAAUCUAAGCGACAACGAAAAUAACGACGACUGGGGGGUUGAAACAGCAUCGAGAAGCAGCCCUGAGGGCGGAGAAAACAAUUCGUUCGACCUGUUUCCUUUUUUUAAAGGUCUAAACCAAAUCAGAACAAAGCUGUUGUGUUACUACGACGUGGACAGCGAUGUGAUAAUAUACAGAUGCAUGUGUGCUCUUCUGCCUUACCUGAACGUGGACAAGUCGUACGAUUCCAUGGACAGCUUGGAUGACCUUGAAAAGCACGCGUGUCAACCGAGAAGCCGACGCAGCAACAAGGACAAGCGCAAUGUAAAAAGUGGCGACAAAAAUUAUGGCAGUAGUCACGAUGUUGCCAGUGCAGAUGAAAACGAAGUAGACGACGAGAACGCGCACAUAAGAAAAAUAAGCAACGUGAAUGACGCCUUCGAUUACUAUGACAACAAACUGAGCAUAGAAAGAAACCCAGACCUGUAUGGAUUUGUAUGGGUGAAUAUCUUCAUUUCCUUCACCAUUUUUUUUCUUUUUAAUUGGAAAAACAUAUUUUUUGGUGAUUCCUCCGGUAUCGACUUUACACCCGAAGAUGACAUCACCUGGAGUAGCGAAGAAAUAAACAACCAAGCAUACAUCACCCAGAAUAAAUUAAACAUUCUCUACACCACUUUAAUUUUUUUAUACCUUUUCAAUACGUUCACUCCUUUAUCAAUAUACAUGACAAAUUUCAUUGUCACAAAAAGAACGUUCCCAAUCAGGUUAUCCUUUCUCAUUUCAUUAAUGAGUUAUAAUAAUAUAAUUUUAUUCCCUCUCAUAUUGUUUUACAAAUUUACCUUGAUAAAAACAAGUCUGUCAUUCAUUCUCUUCUUUUGUAGUUCCUUCCGUUUUUUUAUUUUUGCCCACUAUAUGCUGUCUUCCUUAUUUUACAUACACAAAUAUACCAUCCGCACUUUUCGCAAUAAUUUUUCUGAUAACAUCAUUUAUGCCUACUAUGGAAUUUUUUCCCUGUCCUACCUUCUGUUAUACCUUCUGUUGAGGAACUACAUAUUCAGUUAUUUGUGA